CAAGCUUCUCCUCUCACUCCAGAUGUCAGCUGAGCUGCCCUGGUGAGUCCUGCAUCGAUGUCUCUACUACUAUAUCACUACCUCACACACCACACCUUGCCAACAUGCAUCAAGAGCGAAGGGCACUGGCUGGUCUCGUGGUUGCCUCCACCCUUCUCUCGUGCCUUGUCGCUGUCCCGACGUCUCGCUCUAUCAUGGGCCACCCUCUCAACAAGAGAUCCUUCUUCGACCUUUCGUGCAAAGGGGUAUAUGACAAAAGUAUAUUCGCUAGACUGGAUCGCAUUUGUGAAGACUGCUACAACUUGUUCCGGGAACCUCAACUACAUUCACUCUGUCGGAAGAACUGUUUUACAACCGACUACUUCAAAGGAUGUUUAGAUGUUCUUCUACUACAAGAUGAAAUGGAAAACAUACAAACUUGGAUAAAACAAUUACAUGGGGCUGAACCUGAGGUUUAGGUCUAAAUGUUUUGGAAAUAAGUAUUUCAAAGGAUGUCUGGAGGUCCUGCUCCUGAGAGAAGAGGAGGAAAAAAUCUUGCGCAUGGUCGAGUUUUUAGGAUGAAAAACCUCCAAAAUUCAACAUUAAAACCUAAAAGCUUGACACUCACCAUAUAUUCUAGUCUUUAAAAUAAAAAAAAAAUAAAAAAAAAUACAUUGAUCAACCCGUACAAGUUUCUGGAAUUUUUAUUAAUUUAUUUAUUCUUAGAAGUAAGAUUAAUAUUUAAUUUAAUUAUUUAAUAAUUUAAUACCAUAAAUGUAUAGAAUAUAGCCAAGUGUAUAGUAUUUUUUAUUAAAUGAGAAAUAGUAUAAAUGAAAGAUGUGGGUUUCAAACACUCAUCAUUGUAGUCAAAACAUGACUAGAUAGUAUUCAUAUUAAUUUAACAUGACUUAUGUAUUUUUUAAAAAUUAAUAAAUGAAAUAUAAUGAAAAGUUACCCUAUAGACACUUAGAAUUUAGAUUUACGUUUCAUUAGGUCUUCAAUUCCUAAUAUCAAGAUAUUUCUAAAACUAAUGCUUAUCUAAGUGCCGUAAAUGCACAAAAACUAUUGAUUUAAUAUUUAAUUUUUUAUAUUAUAUCUGACAUUAUGUAUACGACAUAAGCAAUGAAUAAUAUUCUGGCAUUAUAGGAAGUCAAAUUUUAAAUACUCAGUGUUUUCCUUGUUUUUUGUUUUUGUAUAACAAUAUAUUUAUUUUUAGUUUUACUAUAAAAUUUUUAAUAAGAAAAUUCCAAUACACUUUUUAAUAAAUGUUGUUACUUUUUAUUUCAUUACACAUAAUUCAUUCACAGGCUUUAA